AAUAUACCACUCUAAAUUACUACUACUCCCUUGCAGAAAACAAGGUUUGGGUUGUGCAUGUUACUUUGUAAGCUACAGUACAGCACAUGCAGGCUAACAAUACCUGAAAAACUAGCACAUGAAAGAACACACUGCAUAUAUAUAGCAAAUGUCUCCAGCAGAAUGAAACACCCAGAUUAGUUGGGGCCCGUCGGCCCUGAGGCUGUGAAAUGUGAAGGGAGAGUUGAUUGGGCCUAGUGGGCCGGCCUGGAGAGAGGAAUGGGUAGUCUGGCAGGCCGAAGGGAACGAACGGUUCCAUUGGCGGCGCGAGAUUGUCGACGAGACGGGCGGCUGGCAUCGAUCGGUCGCAUGCAUGCAACAAUGGCGUCCACACAAAGCUCCAGCUCCUACAACGAUGGCGAUGGGCCUGCAUAUAUAGUCAGAGGAGGACGAAUAGGAGGAGCUAGCUAGCUGAUCAAUCGAAUUAGACGCCAUUAAUUAUUGGAGGUCCAAGGUAGAAGAAGAAGCUAGGUGAUUGAUAGGAUAAUGGCGGCGGCUGAGGACAUGGAGCGUAUCUUCAAGAGGUUCGACAUGAACGGCGACGGUAAGAUCUCGCUGUCGGAGCUGACGGAGGCGCUGCGGACGCUGGGGUCGACGUCGGCGGACGAGGUGCAGCGGAUGAUGGCGGAGAUCGACACCGACGGCGACGGCUUCAUCGACUUCAACGAGUUCAUCUCCUUCUGCAACGCCAACCCCGGACUCAUGAAGGACGUCGCCAAGGUCUUCUGAUCUUCAAUUCCAUUCAAUCAAAUGCUCCAUCCAAUCUUGUUCAAUUCCAUCCAUGCCGGCCCUGCAUACGCUUAAUUUGUUCGCCCAUAAUUUUGUUUAAUUUGAUUCUUGUCCCAUCAUCGUUAAUUGUAUCAUUAUUUUUCUUGCAUUUCUUUCUUUUUAAGGAUGCAUGAAUCUUUUUUCUUUUCGAUCCUCGGCUCGAACCCUGAUUCCUGAGGAUUAUAUUAAUUAAGCAGCAUGUGCACUUUUGUGCUUACAAUUCAUGUCAAGCGUUGCAAGUGUACUAUACUUGAUCCAAGAAAAGCAAAUCAAGCAUUGUUAAAUGUUAAUUUA